AUGGAUGAUGGGAGUGGAGUGCCGGGGAGAGCAGGUACGCAAGGUGUCCGAACCAGCCGGAGAGAGGUCCGUUCAGGUCUCGACGUCAUCUUCAACCUGAGGUCAACAUUCUCUGUGGAGAAGCGAUCCAUGCUGUACUCCAGCUACUCCAGCUACUCCACGCAGCCACAAGUGCUCAGUGGCUGUUAG